AUGGGAAUACUUCGAUCAAGUCAAAAAUGGACAUUGACCAUUCUUAUUUUAUUGGUAUCGAUUUUGAUUAUCACAAAUGCGAGAGCUUCGCCAAUUUCCAAUCUAAUAAUGGGAAAUGCAAUGCAAAAACGACAAGUUAAAGAACCAGCGACUCCAAAAGAUAAUCCCAAUACUCCGAAACCGAAACAAGAUGACACUCCUAAACAAGAUACUCCAAAACAAGAUGACACUCCGAAACAAGAUGACAAUCCAAAACAAGUAGAUAAACCUAAGCAAGAUGAUACCCCGAAACAAAAUGACCCUCCGAAGCAAGAUGAUACCCCCAAGCAAGAUGACACCCCCAAGCAAGAUGACACCCCCAAGCAAGAUGACACCCCCAAGCAAGAUGACACCCCGAAGCAAGAUGACACCCCGAAGCAAGAUGACACCCCGAAGCAAGAUGACACCCCGAAACAAGAUGAUACCCCGAAACAAGAUGACACUCCGAAACAAGAUGAUACCCCGAAACAAAAUGACCCUCCCAAGCAAGAUGAAACGCCCAAGCAAGAUGACGCUCCGAAACAAGACGAUACCCCGAAGCAACCCGAUACCCCCAAGCAACCCAAUCAAGACGAUACCCCAAAGCAACCUAUACAAGAUUCUCCAAAACAAGAUGAUACCCCGAAACAAGUAGAAACACCCAAGCAAGAUGACACUCCGAAGCAAGAUGACACUCCGAAACAAAAUGACCCUCCAGAACAAGUAGACAACCCCAAACAAGAUGAAACCCCGAAGCAAGUAGAAACACCCAAGCAAGAUGACACUCCGAAACAAGUUGAAACCCCCAAGCAAGAUGACACUCCGAAACAAGUUGAAACCCCCAAGCAAGAUGACACUCCGGAACAAGUUGAAACCCCCAAGCAAGAUGACACUCCGAAACAAGAUGAUACGCCGAAGCAAGUAGAAACCCCCAAGCAAGUUGAAACUCCGAAGCAGGAUGACACUCCGAAACAAAAUGACCCUCCAAAACAAAAUGACCCUCCAGAACAAGUAGAUACCCCGAAACAAGAUGAGCAACCAUCCACGAAAACAAUCUUACCUACUAUCACUGCACCCGACGAAUUAAUAACACCGACUCCUACUCCGACUCCCAAAAAUCCGAAUAACGAAGAUGAUAAAAAGAAAGAAAAACCAACAACAAAAUUUACAACGUUUACAACAACAUAUACGACAGUUAUUCCUGGUACAACAAAGUUUGUAACAACGACGGACAAUGAAGGUGAACCUUCAACCUUCGCUUCCUAUAUGCCUCCGAGUACGGUGGUCGUCGUAAAGAAAGUGACAUCACCCAUGACUGAGCCAACAGACAUUGCUCAAGACUUUGGCAAUAGUAAUAGCAUCAUUUUUAAUAGGAGUCAUGGAAUAUGGAGUAUUGCAAUAAGUUUUCUAAUCGGAACAGCCAGUUUCAUAUUCAUUACGCUUGUUUAA